CAGCAGAAUUUCGAAAGGAACAACGAUCCCGCCCUCAAACCGCGACGCAUAAUCAGCCACCGCGCGUCUCCUCAUCCCCGGGUGCUGCAGGUGAAGAAGUUCGCGUUUAUCCGUGAGAUUGUAAUCUUCGGGAGAUGUCCCUCUGCGUGUGGUUUCUCGUGAUUGCAGCGGAUGCCACACACAUGCAGCUGCUGCACACGCGUGCAUCGUGCACGUAUACAUGCGUAUAUAUAGGUAUAUGCAAGUGUCGUCGAGCUUGGCUACGGCCCUGACUGAGUUAAAAGGAGGCAUUCUACCGUGAUAAAUAAAUUCAACCAUCGCCACCGCCGCCCGCAGAGUGGGGUGGUACCAUGCGCGUACGGAGAAAGUUUAUAUAUACUCGCGCGAUGGGGACAUUGUACGCAUUUUCGAUAUUGCUGUUGCUAAUUGCGAUCGCGCGCGCAUUUCGUGACCACGAGAUAGCAAGCCAGCUGAACGAAUUCCCGAGAACAGGAUUGAAGCAAGGAGGAUGAUGCUGAUCGGACUCGUCUUGCUCGUCGCGUGGACCAGGAGCGCCAUGUCGGGAUUCCCUCCCGGUGUGACGACAUGUCCACGAACGGACGAUCAAUCGCAAUAUGACAAGUGCGUCCUGCAGCAGCUGAAAGCGAUCACACCGUAUCUCUCCAAGGGUGUGCCCUCAUUGAAGCUGCCGGCGUUGGAUCCCCUGUUCCUGCCGUCCUUAACUGUGGACAGAAAUCUCGAAUCCUUGAGGAUUAAGGCCAACAUGAGUCAGAUUCGCGUUUACGGCGGCACGAAUUACGUGAUACGCGAACUCAAAGCGAAUCCCAAUGACCUGACGGUCUUCAUCAAGGCUCAGAUGCCUCACCUUCACGUGAACGGUGACUACGCUGUCCAGGGGAGAUUACUGUUACUGCCUCUAAGCGGAAUCGGCAGCUUUAAAGGAAAUUUCACUAACACUGAGGCCGAAGUAACCGCACAAGGCAAGGAGAUCACCGACAAAAACGGCGUGCAAAGGAUUGACAUCGAUAAGUUGGUCACUAAAAUCCGCGUCGGUGAUGGAAACAUCAAGCUGAAGGCACCUCCCGCUCACACGUUAGCCGCCGAUGCUGCCGCAACAUUCUUCAAUGCGAAUCCCCGCCUGGUCCUGGACAUAGCCAAACCGAUCAUCGAGGACACGGCCGCGACCGUGACCAAAGCUCUAGCCGCCAGAGCGCUCAGUGCUCUCACUAAGGAGGAACUCGUUCCCUAAUGUUUGAAUAAUAUUUGGUUUGCUUUUCACAGACAAGUAGAACGCGAGUAUCAACGCGAGACGCAUUAGCUGAUAUAGCGUAAAUUUAUCCACUUGUUUAUUGCAUCGCGAUGUACCUUCUCCGGUCAAGUCGGAGAAGUGCGCGCACACAUACACACACACAUGCAUAUACAGAAGAACAUAUACAAAUACACAUACGCACAGAAUUGUUGUUCAUUUUUUAAAGAUUCCACUUAGCGUAAUUAAUUGUAUUAUUUAGUCUCAAAAAGUUCGUUCUCACUUUCGUAGGAAGUAUUGAAAUGUUAAUUCGUUCAGCAGGAAUAUAAAGAGGUAGAUGACGUUGUGCGAGAUGAUUAGCUAACGUUAAAUUAGCUCUUCUUGUUUAUUUGCGAUUGUUACUUACGUUUUACCUGCAUAUUGUUGUGUUCCAUUUUAUAAAAUAUUAUAUUAUGCGCAUACAAGCGUAUGAGAAAUACAAGAAAAAUUGUCGCGAUACUUUUGACCAAAUCGAUGAUCUUAAGCCAUGAUUUUAUGUCCGAAAAGAAGAAUACGUAUAUUUUAAAAAAUCGCAAUCUUGCACUUGAUUUUCAUCAAUAUACGAUACUUAUAUCAAUGUUUUUGUUUUGUUCAACAAUUAUGAAUUAUCUAGUUAUAUGAAAUUUUGUUUAAUAUUUAAAUUAAGUACGUUACAAAGUGAUCAUCUCUUGUCAGUUUAACAGAAUUAUUAGAAAUAUGUAAAACUAGUGUAAUUUAAAUGGACAGAAGAAGGAAUGUAAUAUGCAAAUAAGCGCAAUUUAUUAUUUACAUAAUAAUUUAUGCCGGAAGUAUCAUAAUC